AUGUCUAUGGUACCGACACAGGCAUUGACUGUAGGUGUUCAAACAGUGAUGGAUGCCAAAGAGGUGAUGGUUUUGGUCACAGGCUCUCAUAAAGCACUGGCACUUCACCAUGCCAUAGAAUGUGGAAUCAGCCAUAUGUGGACGGUGAGCGCUUUUCAGAUGCAUCCGAAGGCAAUGUUUAUCGCGGAUGAUGACGCCACGUUGGAGCUAAAGGUAAGUUAUUGUCAGAUAGUGCAGGACCAUCUGUCUGACACAUAG